GCGCAGAAGGCGAGCGGCGCCUGCGCUGGGUGCAGGCCCGGCCCCGCCGCAGCCGCUGCUGCCCUCCCGCCGCUCGUUUCUCCGCUAAGCCCCUCGGGCCCCUUUUCGCCGCCAAGAUGCCGCGGAUUAUGAUCAAGGGCGGCGUGUGGCGGAACACCGAGGAUGAAAUUCUGAAAGCAGCUGUGAUGAAAUAUGGCAAAAACCAGUGGUCUCGUAUUGCUUCCUUAUUGCACAGGAAAUCAGCAAAGCAGUGCAAAGCCAGAUGAUAAUUUUCUGACAACGGCAGUUUUGGCUUGAGGAUGAAUGUUUAGAAACUGCACUGUGAAAUUUCAGUUUAUGUCAAAAAUCGGAAGCCUAAAACUAAUGCAAAUAGAUGCAGCAUGAACCCAUUUCAAAAUCCAGCUGAUCUGGCAUAGUCUGAAGUAGUACAUGUAUUUAUUGGAAUAUUUCUGCAUAAAUUAACUGUACUGGCACAGUUAAAGGUACGAAUGGCUAGACCCAAGCAUCAAAAAGACAGAGUGGUCACGGGAAGAAGAGGAAAAACUGUUGCACCUGGCCAAGCUAAUGCCAACCCAGUGGAGAACUAUUGCCCCAAUUAUUGGGAGAACUGCCGCACAGUGUUUGGAGCACUAUGAAUUUCUGCUGGACAAAGCUGCUCAGAGAGACAAUGAGGAAGAAACUGCCGACGAUCCUCGGAAACUUAAACCUGGAGAAAUUGAUCCAAAUCCAGAAACCAAACCAGCCAGGCCAGAUCCUAUCGAUAUGGAUGAAGAUGAACUUGAAAUGCUGUCUGAAGCUCGAGCUCGUCUGGCUAAUACGCAGGGAAAGAAGGCGAAAAGAAAAGCAAGAGAGAAGCAGCUGGAAGAAGCUAGACGUCUUGCUGCUCUUCAGAAGAGACGAGAACUUCGAGCUGCUGGGAUUGAGAUACAGAAAAAAAGGAAAAAGAAGAGAGGUGUGGAUUAUAAUGCAGAAAUUCCAUUUGAAAAGAAACCCGCACCUGGUUUUUAUGAUACAUCAGAGGAAAACUAUCAGAUUCUGGAUGCAGAUUUCAGAAAGCUACGUCAGCAAGACCUGGAUGGAGAAUUAAGAUCUGAAAGGGAAGGACGAGAGCGCAAAAAAGACAAACAGCAUAUGAAGCGGAAAAAAGAAUCAGACUUGCCUUCAGCUAUUCUGCAGACCAGUGGGGUGUCAGAGUUCACAAAAAAAAGAAGUAAAUUAGUGCUUCCAGCACCUCAGAUAUCUGAUACAGAACUUGAAGAAGUUGUAAAAGUCGGCCAGGCGAGUGAGAUUGCACGCCAGACUGCUGAGGAAUCUGGAAUUACAAACUCAGCUUCCAGCACUCUGUUGUCUGAAUACAAUGUGACCAACAACAGCAUAGCCUUGAGGACUCCGAAAACUCCAGCAGCACAAGACAGGAUCCUGCAGGAAGCACAGAACCUGAUGGCUCUCACCAAUGUGGAUACCCCCCUGAAAGGAGGUCUUAACACACCCUUGCAUGAAAGUGACUUUUCAGGGGUAACUCCCCAGAGGCAGGUUGUUCAGACUCCAAAUACUGUGCUUUCCACGCCCUUCAGAACACCUUCUCAAGGACAAGAAGGCUUAACUCCUCGUGGAGGACUAACUCCUAAGCCUGUGGUUGGUACAACUCCUGGUAGAACUCCAUUACGUGAUAAAUUGAACAUCAACCCAGAAGAGGGGAUGGCAGACUACAGUGAUCCAUCUUAUGCAAAACAACUGGAGAGAGAGUCUCGUGAACACCUGCGCCUCGGGCUCAUGUCCCUUCCUGCUCCAAAGAACGACUUUGAGAUUGUUUUACCUGAAAAUGCAGAAAAAGAACUCGAGGAACAUGAAGUAGAUGAAGCCUUUGUGGAAGAUACGGCUGAUAUAGAAGCCCGCAAGCAGGCUCUCCGAGAGGCAGAGCGUGCGAAGGAACUGAAGAGAAUGCACAAAGCUGUUCAGAAAAAUCUGCCGCGUCCCUCAGAAGUUAAUGAAACAAUAUUGAGACCCUUGAAUGUGGAGCCACCUCUAACAGAUUUGCAGAAAAGUGAAGAGCUAAUAAAGAAGGAGAUGAUUACUAUGCUUCAUUUUGAUCUUUUACACCAUCCGUUUGGAGACCAGUCUAGCGGUAAGAAGGGGAAAGGCCCAGGAUUUGGAACCAACAAUGCAGAACAUAUGGCUUACUUGGAACAAAAUCCUUACGAGAAGUUCUCCAAAGAGGAUCUCAAGAAGGCACAGGAUCUACUGGCACAAGAGAUGGAAGUGGUAAAGCAAGGAAUGGGGCAUGGAGAGCUCUCAAGUGAAGCUUAUAACCAGGUGUGGGAGGAAUGUUACAGCCAAGUGUUGUAUCUGCCCGGACAGAGCCGCUACACAAGAGCUAACUUGGCCAGCAAAAAAGACAGGAUAGAGUCACUUGAGAAGAGACUUGAGAUAAACAGAGGUCAUAUGACAACUGAAGCAAAGAGGGCUGCCAAGAUGGAAAAGAAGCUGAAGAUUUUGCUUGGUGGUUAUCAGUCUCGAGCAAUGGGCCUCAUCAAACAGUUGAAUGAUUUGUGGGACCAAAUUGAACAGGCUCAUCUGGAGCUACGUACUUUUGAGGAGCUGAAGAAACAUGAAGAUGCUGCUAUCCCAAGGAGACUGGAGUGUCUAAAGGAAGAUGUGCAGCGGCAGCAGGAGAGAGAAAAGGAGCUCCAGCAGAGAUUUGCUGAUUUCAUGUUGGAUAAAGAGACUUUUCAAGCAAAGUAUUAAAGCACAAAAUUCCUUUUGUCGCUGAUGUAACAUUUUUAAAGUGUACAGAUACUUCUCCAGCAGCUUUUGCCGUCAGUCACAGAAAUCAAGUGUAGUCUGCUGUUUGUCAACUUUUGUUCCUUUGAUGGACUAUUUCAAAUGCUCUCGAUAUGAAUGGCCUUGUCCAGGAUGAAAAAACAUUGGAUCAAAAUGUCCAAAGUUUUAUUAAAAGAAGUCACUCUGAUAUGAUUUUAGCCAUGUCUUCAUUUGCUGGGACUGUCACAUUAUUCCUAGUGUUUUAUCAGUCUUAAGACCUAUGAGAUAACAUGCCUGAGAGUAAUGUCUCUUGAAUAAACCUGGAAUGUUAAAAAUAAUUAUGAAAUAAAAUGCUUGUCUUAACUGAAACAGA